GAACUUGGAUACACAUGAUUUGUAUAUAAGCUAAAAGCUUUGCCCCUUCAUCCCUAGUUUCUCUGCUCGUUUUUCUUCCCCCUUCCCCCUCCCUCACCCUUCUCCAACCAAACCGGUACUUUCGUAAGGAGACGUGGAUAUAUGGGUGUUGUGGGGAAUUUAAUUAUUUUGUCGUUAAUAAUGUCGUGUUCAUAAUGGCAGCAAAUGAAGAAGACAUUAUUACUUCAACACCACAGCAAUCUAAUAACAACAUUUAAACGGUGGUAGAGUAGAGUUACAUGAACACUUGGUUUUGAUUCUCCACGUUUUCGUUCUGGCUACUGAUUCUCGCUUUACCCAAAAACUUAAUUCCACCGUUGGCAACCGCAAGGCUAGGCGGCCUUGUUUUCGUCCAUUUUAACGACUAACUGCAGUCGGCUGCUAUUAAGAUCUGCGUUUUGGGUUGGGCCGAAUUGUCUUUGGUGGGCUACACCUAGGAUGUCAUGUGCAUUUUGUUCACAUCCACAUUAUUAUUACACGAAAAGGAAUCGAAGAGCGCUCUUUGUGCUCCCUCCCCCCCUCUCUCUCUAGUCUGAACUCUCUCUAGUCUGAACUUCACUCAUGGAAACCCAACCCGGCGAUUGCGACGCUGGGCCUCUUCCGAUGGAAAUGGACGAAGCGACGCAACCAAAAGAUCCUCCCAAAAUUUCCCGCCUCGAUGACUCCGUGGUCAACCGAAUCGCGGCAGGAGAGGUGAUCCAACGGCCGGUAUCCGCCGUUAAAGAGCUGGUGGAGAACAGCCUCGACGCCCACUCCACCUCCAUAAGCGUAGUUGUCAAGGACGGCGGCCUCAAACUCAUCCAAGUCUCCGACGACGGUCACGGAAUCCGAUACGACGACUUGCCGAUAUUAUGCGAGAGGCACACAACGUCAAAGCUUUCUACGUUUGAAGAUUUACAAACGAUAAAGUCAAUGGGGUUCCGAGGAGAAGCUCUGGCAAGCAUGACUUAUGUCGGUCAUGUUACUGUCACCACCAUUACCAAAGGGCAGCUGCAUGGUUACAGGUGGCUAUGCGGAGCUAGUUGUUUUGAAGUAUCUUAUAGAGAUGGUGUCAUGGAGCAUGAGCCGAAGGCAUGCGCUGCUGUAAAAGGAACUCAGAUAAUGGUUGAGAAUCUAUUCUAUAACAUGAUUGCCCGGAGGAAGACUCUACAAAAUUCUGCCGAUGAUUAUUCGAAGAUUGUAGACUUGCUAAGCCGGUUUGCCAUUCAUCACAUACAUGUUGGAUUCUCAUGCCGAAAGCAUGGAGCUGGCAGAGCAGAUGUUCAUACAGUUGCUGCAUCAUCUAGGCUUGAUGCUAUUCGAUCAGUUUAUGGGGUGUCAGUUGCUCGAUCGCUUAUCAAAAUUGAAACUUCCGAUCACAAUCCAUCUAGUUCAGUUUUCAAGAUGGAUGGGUUCAUCUCGAAUUCAAAUUAUGUUGCGAAAAAGAUAAUUAUGGUACUUUAUAUCAAUGAUAGAUUGGUGGAAUGCACUGCAUUGAAGAGAGCUGUUGAAAUUGUUUAUGCUGCAACCUUGCCCAAAGCAUCUAAACCCUUCAUAUACAUGUCAAUCGUAUUGCCACCUGAACAUGUUGAUGUGAAUGUGCACCCAACAAAGAGAGAGGUAAGUCUUUUAAAUCAAGAAGUUAUUAUUGAGAAGAUACAGUCAGUGGUUGAAUCAAAAUUGAGGAACUCGAAUGAGUCACGGACAUUUCGGGAGCAGAUAGUUGAACAAUCUCCAUCGGGUAAUAUUGCUAUGGACAAGGACCCUAAUUUCAGCCCCUCGCCAUCUGGAUCAAAAUCACAAAAAGUUCCAGUGCAUAAAAUGGUCAGAACAGAUUCAUUAGAUCCUGCUGGAAGGUUGCAUGCUUACUUGCAAGUUAAGCCUUGUGGACCACUUGAAAAUAAUCCGAGUUUGACUACUGUGAGAUCUUCUGUUAGACAAAGAAGAAACCCAAAGGAGGGGGCAGAUCUGACUAGCAUUCAGGAGCUCAUUGAUGAAAUUGACUGUAAUUGUCAUUCUGGUCUGCUGGAAGUUGUAAGACACUGUACAUAUGUUGGAAUGGCAGACGACAUCUUUGCAGUGCUUCAGCACGACACACAUCUCUAUCUUGCAAAUGUGGUGAACUUGAGCAAAGAGCUCAUGUAUCAGCAAGUUCUGCGCCGGUUUGCCCAUUUUAAUGCUAUGCAAUUAAGUGACCCGGCUCCAAUUUUUGAGUUGAUUAUGAUGGCGUUGAAAGAAGACAAUUCAGAUCCGGGAUGCCAUGAGAAUGAUGGCCUAAUAGAGAAAAUUGCAGAAAUGAAUACCGAAUUGCUCAAGCAAAAGGCUGGACUGUUAGAGGAUUAUUUCUGCAUUCAUAUUGAUAUACGUGGAAAUUUGUCUAGACUUCCAGUCAUACUUGAGCAGUACACACCUGACAUGGAUCGUGUCCCUGAAUUUGUACUUUGUUUGGGCAAUGAUGUUGACUGGGAGGAUGAGAAAAAUUGCUUCCAAUCAAUUUCAGCUGCUCUUGGAAACUUUUAUGCAAUGCAUCCUCCCAUGUUACCCAACCCAUCAGGUGAUGGUUUGCAGUUCUACAAAAAGAGAAAACCUCUCAGGAAUCCUGAAGAUGAAGAAGAUACUCCUGAGAAUAUAGGGGAUGAUACAACAGAAGAGAAUGAAAUUGAGCAUGAACUACUUUCGGAGGCAGAGACUGUGUGGGCCCAGCGUGAAUGGUCAAUCCAACAUGUCUUGUUUCCAUCCAUGAGACUCUUUUUCAAGCCACCUACUUCUAUGGCUACUAAUGGAACCUUUGUCCGGGUCGCUUCACUGGAGAAGCUUUACAAGAUCUUUGAAAGAUGUUGACAUAGUUGUUCUGUUCAGAUCUAGUGACAGGAGAAUGGGGCUAUUGUCUGAUGCAACUGUGUUCAUUGAUAGUGUAAUUCAGUUUAUUAACUUUUUGGCUUUGCUUUGUAAAGGGAUCUGGGUUCAGUGUCAAUGGAUUAUGGGUUUUGUGGGUUUCGGUUGCCAUAGUCCACUAUUGGGAACCUCAAUAAUCCCCUGUUAGUUCAUACCCCAUACAAAAUUAAACACCUCAAUGGUACACCUGGAUUUGGGGCUAACUUGAUUAUUCGAUCUGCUACUUGAAUGGGAACUGAGGAUGACGACAAGGUGGCUUGGACAGUAUGGUUAACAUAAUUUUUUAUAUUAGGAAAGAUGAAUUGAGAGAUUAUAACUG